AUGGUUUCGGUGAAGCGCAAGAUUUUCGAGUUUCAACGGCUUUUUCGGCAUCAGUAAGUUAAUAUUUUAAUGUUUUUGCUAAUUUUUAAAGGUAUUAAACGGUUUUCAUAAUAAUAUUAAUGUUAAAUGGCUUUGGUUUAUUAUUUCUGAUCAAACAGGUCAGUUUUCAGGACCUUUGUGUUGAUCAUCCUUCUGAUUGGCUUCUUCACUUUCCUCUCCUACAUUCACACAGUAAGAAAUAUUACCAAGGUAAGUCUUUAAUUGUUUUUUGUUAUUCUGAGUUUAGAAUGAGGUUCUGGAAUCGCAGAGAUUAGUUCGACGGCCUUCAAACCGGCAAGAACAGGAUGUUUUGCCUGGAGAUCAUGAUCCAGCAGUUAUAUUACAGUUUAGAGUGCUCGGAAAUUUUGAACCCAAAGAAAUGCCACCAAAAACUGGCGAACCAGGUUAGGUUUUGCGAUGUUAACAUGAAGUUUUCGGAUGUUUUUUACAGGUUUACGGAUAAAAAAUGUUUUUAGGAGAUUAUGGUGAAGCUAUUAAUGUCGACAUGAACAAGCAGGAGGUACGGAAGGCUAUGUCAGAGUUUGGCUUUAACACUUACGUUAGUGAUAUGGUAUCAAUGACUCGAAGUGUUCCUGACGUUAGAAUGGAUGAGUAGGUGUAAUUAAUAUAUCUUUAAAGUCUUUCAGUGUUGGUUAUUAAUAUAUUUCAUUAUUAUCUAAACUAAGGUUCUGUAUUGAUCUAAAACAACUUUUGGAAUCAUCUAAGAGCUCUUUUCAAUGUUUUUGGUUUGAUUUAAAAGAUCUUUAACGUGUUUAAUACAUUUUCUUUGUUUCAGAUGCAAGUACUGGCAUUAUCCAGAAGACUUGCCCACAGCAUCAGUUGUUAUAGCUUUCCAUAACGAAGGAUUUAGUCCGUUGCUCAGAACUGUUCAUUCAGUUUUGUUAAGAAGUCCUUCACAUUUGUUAAAAGAAGUGAUUUUGGUCGAUGAUUUUAGUGAUAAAGGUAAAAUACGUUUUCAAACACUUUAAAUAUUUUAAUUUAUAAUAUAUUAUUUUUGAUGUAAUUUUUGUGAGUUUGUAAAGAAAUGUUUCCUUCUAAGGCACAAAUGUUUGUUUUUGAUAAACUUUUAUAUUUGAUCUGUUUAGACCAUCUAAAACAACCAUUGGAAGACUACAUAAAGCAGUUUGAAGGCAAAGUAAAGUUGAUUCGAAACGAAGAACGUGAAGGACUGAUCAGAACAAGGACCAACGGCGCAAAGGCUUCAGAAGGAGACGUAGUAAUCUUUUUAGACGCUCAUUGUGAAGUCAACUACAACUGGCUAGUACCACUGUUGGCUCCAAUCCGCUACAACAAGAAGGUGAUGACCGUGCCAAUCAUUGAUGGUAUAGACAUGAACACCUGGGAAUACAGAAGAGUGUACGGUGGAGCGGAUCGUCACUUCAGAGGCAUCUUUGAGUGGGGAUUACUGUACAAGGAAACCGAGUUGCCAGCAGAAGAGAAGGAACGAAGGAUUCAUAAUUCAGAACCAUUCAGAAGUCCCACUCAUGCUGGUGGAUUGUUUGCUAUUGAUAGGGAAUGGUUCAAGACAUUGGGUUACUAUGAUCCAGGACUACAGAUUUGGGGUGGAGAACAGUAUGAGCUUUCUUUUAAGGUAAUGUGUGAACAUUUAUAAAUUUGUUACCUAAAAUUCUGUUUUUUGAUUUAUGUUGUUUGCUACUUUAAAUAUAUUUCAAACCAAACGGUUUUAUUUUUUGUAAAUUAAUCCAUUAUUAACUUUUUGAAAAAAAUUGUUACCUAAAUGAUUAUUUUUUGUAGAUCUGGCAAUGUGGUGGAGGAAUCUUGUUUGUACCCUGCAGUCACGUUGGACAUGUCUACAGAAGCCAUAUGCCUUAUGGCUUUGGAAAAUUGAGCGGAAAGCCAGUGAUUUCAACAGUAAGUUUAGACUACUAUAAGAUAAUCAAAUAUUGUGUUUAAAGCUUUUUUAAAAUGAAUUAAUGAUGGAUUUUGAUUUUAAAAUUAAGAACUCUGGGUUAAAAAUGAGUUAAAUAGAGGAUUGUCAACAAUAUUAAUUGAUAAAACACGAUUUUAGAACAUGUUACGAGUGAUCAAGACAUGGAUGGACGACUACGACAAGUACUAUUACAUAAGAGAGCCACAGGCCGUGAAAAGAACAUGGGGCGACAUCACCGAACAACUGGAACUGAAGAGGAAUUUACAAUGUAAAUCUUUCAAAUGGUACAUGCAGAAAGUGGCUUACGAUGUGGAGCGAUCUUAUCCGUUAUUACCUGAAAAUGAUGUUUGGGGCGAGGCGAAGAACAAAGCGACUGGUAAAUGCAUCGACACAAUGGGUCAAGGAGUACCUGGAAGAGUGGGCGCUACACCUUGUCAUGGUUAUGGUGGAAAUCAGGUAUAUAAGGGGUGCUUUUUAAUGAGUGGGUUAAGAUAUGUAUGGGGGUGGGCGAUAUUGGUCUGGAAAGGGAGUGGUGAAUUUUUGACGAGGGGGUUUCGUUUUCAAAAAAAUUUUAAUAAGCAUGAAUUUUUCAAAAAAUUUUUAGGAGGGUGAAGCCCCAUUUUGGCGCUAAUCUAAAGAAAUAACCCAGUAUUACUAAUGAAAGCACCCAAUUUUUAUCCUAUUUAAGGCAUCCAAAAGUAUUCAAAUUUUGCAUAAUCUUGCAAUUUCAUUUUAUUGUUUUUCCUUUUUUGAAAACGGUCAUUCGUAUUUUAUCGACUGCGUGAGACGGUCGGGUCAGCAUGGAAUCUGACCGUGGUGAUCAUGGAUCCAUCGACUACCUGACAACCUAGGCCAAGAUCAACCACCUUCAAAGAAGUCAUCUUCUAUCGAGUUUAUAAAGACUUUUACUAUGCUAUACAGAUGGAUAACAGGUAAGAAUUUAGUAUUUACUUAAAGAAUACGUUUGAUUUUAUCAUAGUAUUAAUUUUAUCUUAGCUAUAGUAGCCCAUUGUUUAGCCUACUAUUUAGUUACAGUAGCCAACUAUCUAGUUGUAGCAGCCACUAUCUAGUUACAGUAGCCCAUUAUCUAGUUACAGUAGCCAACAGCCAACUAACUAGUUAUAGUAGCCAACUAUCUAGUUGUAGUGGCCAACUAUCUAGUUACAGUAGCCCAUUAUCUAGUUACAGUAGCCCAUUAUUUAGUUACAGUAGCCCAUUAUCUAGUUACAGUAGCCAACAGCCAACUAACUAGUUAUAGUAGCCAACUAUCUAGUUGUAGUGGCCAACUAUCUAGUUACAGUAGCCCAUUAUCUAGUUACAGUAGCCCAUUAUCUAGUUACAGUAGCCAACAGCCAACUAACUAGUUAUAGUAGCCAACUAUCUAUUUAUAGUGGCCAACUAUCUAGUUGUAGUGGCCAACUAUCUAGUUACAGUAGCCCAUUAUCUAGUUACAGUAGCCCAUUAUCUAGUUACAGUAGCCAACAGCCAACUAACUAGUUAUAGUAGCCAACUAUCUAGUUGUAGUGGCCAACUAUCUAGUUAUAGUAGCCCAUUAUUUAGUUACAGUAGCCCAUUAUUUAGUUACAGUAGCCCAUUAUCUAGUUACAGUAGCCCAUUAUCUAGUUACAGUAGCCAACAGCCAACUAACUAGUUAUAGUAGCCAACUAUCUAGUUGUAGUGGCCAACUAUCUAGUUAUAGUAGCCCAUUAUUUAGUUACAGUAGCCCAUUAUUUAGUUACAGUAGCCCAUUAUUUAGUUACAGUAGCCAAAAGCCAACUAACUAGUUAUAGUAGCCAACUAUCUAUUUAUAGUGGCCAACUAUCUAGUUGUAGUGGCCAACUAUCUAGUUACAGUAGCCCAUUAUUUAGUUACAGUAGCCAACUACCAACUAACUAGUUAUAGUAGCCAACUAUCUAUUUGUAGUGGCCAACUAUCUAGUUACAGUAGCCAACCAUCUAGUUACAGUAACCAACUACCUAGUUAGAGUAGCCCAUUUCUUAGUUACAGUAGCCAACCGUCUAUUUACAGUAACCUAUUAUUUAGUUACAGUAGCCAACUAUCUAGUUAUAGUGGCCAACUAUCUAGUUACAGUAGCCGUGCACCUUAUUAUAUUUUUUUUCAGUUUUUGCUACAACAAUCGCCAUUCACGAAUUGGACACUUCUACACCGCUCUUCAAAACCGCCACGUUUCAUAAUGAUAAAAUUUGAAUAAAGAUUGCUGGGUGCUUUAAACCAUUAGUGGGUGCCUUUAUUAUGUUGGGUGCUUUCUCUAGUAUGGCCCCAAAAAUUUUUUUGGGGUGUUGCUUUUUUUUGGCCUUUUAGAUGUUUUUUAUGAAAAAAUGUUAAAUUCAUUAUAUUAAUUUUUUAACUUUAAAAUUUUACAGAUGGUACGCAUUAAUAAAGCCGGCCAAAUGGCUCAAGGAGAAUGGUGCAUACGACCGGUCGCUGGAGUACUAAAGACUGGUCACUGCACGAAAGGAACUGUUAAUGGACCAUUCCAGUAUGAUAAGGUGAGACUUUGAUUUUUUUUGAAAUUAAAAAUUUUAAAUAUUUUUUAAACAAAAGAAUUCGCCGAUAUUGUAAUCGUAUUUUACUUCUUUUUACAGGAUACACAACAAAUCAAAGACAACUACCGUGACAAAUGCCUCACAGUAAGAGACGAUGGAGGCUCAGAUUUAAUAUCUGAAGACUGUAAUCCAGGAGACCCGAACCAGAAAUGGGUAUGGACGCCCAAAUAUUAA